AUGCAGAGUGACAGGAAGCUUUCAAUUACCGGUUUUUCCAUUUUAGAAAGUCGAAAGCCGCAUUCGCUUCGAAUGAAUGAUGGAAUUUCAAGCAACAACAGUCAUACGAUAGUACGUCCAACACUUGAGAGCAAAAAAUGUGAUUGUCCCGAUGUUGCAUCAUCUUCUACAUCGUCAUUCACUGUCAAAUCAUCAUCUUCUAAGAAAAUAUCAGUUUUACCGGCUCAUGAUCGUGCAUCUAAAGGUAAACGUUUUGCCUUUCAUCAGUGUACAGUUUUUAAUUUGUGGGUUAUAAAUUUCGGUGCUGGAAAAAAUGAAAACAUAUUUGAAUUGACAAAUAUACAAAGGUGUAAUCAGCAUUUAGAACUUAUGAUCUGUAUAUGUGGGAGGCCUGAGUCAGUUUUUUGUUGUACUGAUAAUAAUGUGGAAAAGCCCAAAUCGUCUGUUUGUUGUACCAACAAUGAAGAUAAAUCUGAAUCAGCUACUCAUUACAUUGAUAAAAGUGAAGAAAAUACAGAUUCAAUUGCUUGUUAUAUUGAUAAUAGCGAAGAUAUGGUUCGGCAGAUGUUCGCUUUGCUUGAUAAACAAGAAUUAGAAGAAAUACUGCCAGGAAAUUUGAGGGCAUCAACAUCUUUAAAUAUUUUUACUAGCUUAAAUGAAGCAGAUCUAAUACCUCUUUGUGUGAAGGAACUCAAUGCAAUGUCAAAAGAAAUGGUGCAUAGUAUUUUAAGAGGAGAUUACGAGCAACUGACUGGGUUAGAAGGAAAAAUUGAUGAACCAUACAACAUCAAACCCGAAUGUGGAACGCUAGAAAAACAAGUCGCCGUUGCAAAUCUAACAACAGGAUCAAAGUCAGCUCUUGCGAAAUUUUCAACAAACAUAAAUCAAAUAAAAUGGGUUAGCGAACAUAAGCAUCAAGUUCAAUUGUUUCUUUGCAUUCUGAAGGAGGGAAAUCGAGUUUUUUUGUGGCAAAUGCUGAGGUUUUGCUUACUGUAUUAUAUUAUUAACAAAAAUGACAGCAGAUUAAACGCCGGCUGUGAUGCAUCGAAAAACAUGUAUUCUGCGAUGUUGGAUCAAGAAAUAGAAAUCGAUAAACAGUUAAGUUUGGACCUUGAAAUGAAGGAAUCAUUACAGCCGCAGACCAAGAUGCAAUCUAUUGAGAGUGUGUCGUUUUUGGAAAACGAAGUAGACAAUUUUACUUGA